AGUAGAUUUGUGGAAAUGGCGUUACUUGUCGUUGAUUGAAAAAGCAUAAGCUUUUGAGUAUUCAUUCUCUUCUGCCAUCAUCAUCGUGCACUGCAUUUUCUCUCUUUCAAGAUGAGCGCGGUUGAGUUGACGGAGACUUACGCCUGUACGCCGUCAACAGAACGUGGCCGUGGUAUUCUCAUCUCCGGCGACUCCAAAUCCAACACCAUCACCUACACCAAUGCCAGAUCGGUUAUCAUGAUGAAUCUCCAUAACCCCCUUCAAGUCUCCGUCUAUGGCGAACAUGCUUACCCUGCCACCGUCGCUCGAUUUUCACCCAACGGUGAAUGGGUUGCAUCUGCUGACGUGUCAGGUACCGUGAGGAUCUGGGGAACUCGCAAUGAAUUCGUUUUGAAGAAGGAGUUUCGUGUUCUUUCUGGAAGGAUCGAUGAUCUUCAGUGGUCUCCUGAUGGUAUCAGAAUUGUUGCUUCUGGUGAAGCUAAAGGGAACUCCUUUGUUCGCGCUUUUAUGUGGGAUUCUGGGACUAAUGUUGGUGAAUUUGAUGGCCACUCAAGGCGAGUUUUGAGUUGUGCUUAUAAACCUACAAGGCCUUUUCGCAUUGUCACCUGUGGAGAGGAUUUUCUUGUCAACUUUUAUGAAGGACCGCCCUUUAGAUUUAAGCAAUCUCACAGGGAUCAUUCAAAUUUUGUCAAUUGUGUAAGAUAUUCUCCAGAUGGCAGUAAAUUUGUAACUGUUAGUUCUGACAAAAAGGGUAUCAUAUUCGAUGGAAAGACUGGAGAGAAGAUCGGUGAGUUGUCUUCUGAAGGUGGCCAUACUGGCAGUAUUUAUGCUGUUAGCUGGAGUCCUGAUGGAAAACAAGUGCUGACUGUAUCUGCUGACAAGUCUGCAAAAGUAUGGGACAUAUCUGAGGAUAACAUUGGGAAGGUGAAGAAAACAUUGAUUUGUUCUGCCUCUGGUGGAGUUGAAGACAUGCUUGUAGGGUGCCUAUGGUUGAACGAUUAUCUUGUCACUGUUUCUCUUGGCGGGACAAUAUCAAUUUUUUCCGCAAGUGAUCUUGAUAAAGCCCCGAGAUCAUUUUCAGGACAUAUGAAAAAUGUUUCCUCCUUAACCAUUCGCAGAAGUAACCCUAGAGUGCUCCUGUCUUGUAGUUAUGAUGGCUUAAUAGUUAAGUGGAUUCAAGGGAUUGGAUAUAGCGGUAAAUUACAAAGGAAGGAAAAUUCUCAAAUAAAAUCCUUAGCAGCUGCAGAAGAAGAGAUUGUUACAUCUGGUUUUGAUAAUAAGAUAAGGCGGGUUUCUUUGCAUGGGGAUCAGUGUGGAGACGCUGAAGCCAUUGAUAUUGGAAGUCAACCAAAGGAUUUUAGUGUUGCACUUUCGUCUCCUGAACUUGUUCUAGUUUCAAUUGAUUCAGGAGUUGUCAUGCUGCGUGGCACAAAAGUUGUGUCAACCAUUAAUCUUGGAUUUACUGUUACGGCAUCUGUUGUCUCGUCUGAUGGAAGUGAAGCUAUUAUUGGUGGACAGAAUGGUAAACUGCACAUAUAUUCUAUUUCUGGUGAUACACUUGUUGAAGAGGCUGUCCUUGAGAAACAUAGGGGUGCUAUUAGUGUCAUACGGUAUUCUCCAGAUUUUUCAAUGUUUGCAUCAGGGGAUGUUAAUCGAGAAGCUGUUGUUUGGGACCGUGCCUCCCGAGAUGUGAAGCUCAAGAACAUGCUGUACCAUACUGCACGGAUAAAUUGUCUUGCUUGGUCCCCUGAUAGCAGUAGGAUUGCUACAGGAUCACUCGACAUGUGCGUUAUUAUAUAUGAGAUUGACCAACCUGUGGCUAAUAGAAAUACCAUAAAGGGUGCUCACUUAGGUGGGGUAUAUGGGUUAGUAUUCACUGAUGAAUAUAGUUUGGUUAGCUCAGGUGAGGAUGCUUUUAUCCGUGUCUGGAAGAUAACCCCUCCCUGAAGAUCAAGCUGUAAAGGGAAAGUGGGAAACAUUUGUUGAAUUUCAAAUUUAUUGUUCCUAUACAAUGCUUCCAAAAGUCAAAACUGAUGAAGAGGGUUGUGCUUAUCACCCCCAAGUUAGAGAGGGGAUGUUUCCUAAAAGACAAGUGAGCUUUUGCUGAUUGUUUGUUCAUAUAUCACAAAGACAACUUUUGCGACUUGCAAGCUUCUGUUUGGUAUUCACUCUUGAUUGUGCAAUAUGAAGGCCAUUUUUCUUGUGAGCAGUUUUUGUGAGUUUCAAAUUGUAGACUACAUGUAGACUACUAUGGCGCUACGGUAUACAAUCAUUUUAUUUACUA